AUGCUCCGAAUGGUGGUGUCGAGAGCGAGCUGCCAAAAUCAAGCGACACUGCAAAAUUUUCUUCUUUCUUCGUAUCUACACUUGCGGCUGCUAGACCGACUUACCUGUUUGGGUAAAUUUCAAGAUUCAGGCGCCCAGUAA